AAUCCAUGGAUUUUCAUGCAUGAAUUCAGAGUGUGUGAAUUUGAUGUUUGUCAAGCGAUUUUUUGUUUUACAACGGAAAAAAAACCAAACAAAAACAAAUUAUGAAUCCAACGGAAGAAAAUCCCAUUCAAACAACAAGUGGUAGUAGCAAUAAUAAUAAUAAUUUGGAUAAUCCUUCAAUCAUUAAUUAUGUCGAUGAUGAUGAUGAUGAAAAGCCUGGAACAACAACAACUACAAACGAACAACAAUCAUUCAUUUGUGAUGGUGGUAAUAAUGCUGAUGAUGAAGAAUUUAUAAUUCAUUUGCAAUUUGAUGAAGAUUCACACCCGUUAUUACGUUAUAAUGUUGAUGAUUGUAAAAUAAUGGGUAUUCAUAAUGAAAAAUUAUUAAUUCGUAUUGGUGAUUCAUUUUUUUUCGGUAAUAUUGAUCCUCAACAACAACAACAAACAUCAAUAUUAUUUGCAUAUGAACCACAACAUAAAUUUAUACAAGAAAUACAUAAAAGUUUUACAAAAAUUCAAAUGAAACGUGUUUUAUUAAAACCAAAAACAACUAAUGAAAAACAACAACAACAAUCAUUAUCGAAUGAAAUGGACACGUCAGCUGAUUGAUUAAAAAUUCGAUUU